UUGUUUUGCAGAGCAACAACGACAGGCUCAUAAUGCUAAUAUCAAUUUUAUUCUUUCACCAGAAGGAGAAGUGGCCAAGGGAGGAAUUCGACGAGUACAGUUGGUGAGAUCAAAACCGUCUGCACCGGUCAGGAAAGAUGCCGAGUUUAAAUUGCCUCGAGGUGAAUUGCGCCGUCAAGAUCUUCACCCUCCGGGUCCUCCUUGCGGUAUACCUCCUGCUCUCAGCGAUAUUGAAGGAGAAGGCGAUGAUCCUUAUCACGUUCCGAUACCCGCAGAUGAUGACCUUGUACCUGUUAUAAUUCCCGACUUCGAUGGGCCAAGUAAGUUCCCCAAAUUUCCUUCCGUUCUACCAUUGCGGCAACCUGCUCAUCCUCCUCCUCUUGGUCCCGUUCUAUCCAGGAUUACUCCUGUGGACAUUCCUGUGCUGCCAUUACCUACAACGUCAGACCCGAGUGCUGCUAUAUCGCCGGCUCCUGUAAAUCGAUGCGACCGCGAAGCACCUGUGAUAGGGCCUGAAGCAUCUACAGUUGAUUCUGGUGCACCACAGCUCAGGAAUCUGCGAAAAGAAACCCUCAAG